CGAUCAAUAGCAAGAGGCGAAUGUACCUUGCGUGAGGUGCAUGUGGUGCCCCCAUAACCAUAUAUAGUCUCACCAGCUCAUGUGAAGUUCAUUCUCCAUUCUCAUAGAGUAUACAAGCAAGCCAACCUGAGCAUCAUGAGCCAACUACAAAAUUCUGGCCCACAUUGGAUAGCACAACCCACUGAUCAAUUGAUAAGAAAAACUCAAAGUGAAAUUCACCUAUCUUCCAAGGCUCUAGACAUCAUAUGGGGCAAUGAUCAACGUUUUUGGCAAUGGACAAAGCUUACCAAGCAAGACUCUGAGUUCGAGAUUGGUGCGGAGCUCCUUCAAGUGAACUGGAUCGAAGUUGUCGGCAAGUUGGACUUGUCUUAUUUCCCGACGACUGGAACCUGGGAAAUCUUCUACGUGGUCAAGUUCAAGGUGGAUGCAUUUGGCUGGCACUCUUCUCCAGUAAAAUUCAAGGUGAUCUCUACAGAUGGGCAGAAGGACGAGGUAAGCCACAAGCUAGAGAGUUAUAGGGAUGUGACCGAUAGGUGGCACGAGAUCAAUGGCGGCGAAUUCAGGGUAGGGUCCUGUGGCCAGAAGGGAACAGUUCAGUUUGGCAUGUAUGAAGUUGAAAGUGAUUGGUGGAAGGGCAGCAUGAUUCUUGAAGGAGUUAAGAUCAAGCUCAAGCAAUGAAGGGCGUAAUGCUACGUCAUGCUCGACUGAGGAGAGUAAAUGAGGAGGAGAUUUGCGGCACAUGUAUCAAGUAGUACACAUGCGUGAGAUCCGUAUCAUUCAUCAGCUGGACCCACAUUAAGAAUUGGGCUGAUCUGCUGAUCAUGUGGUCUGCCCGUUUAUGUUUCAUGUAGACAGCUAGCUAGCUGAUCAUUUUCCUUGUGACCAUCCGUCAUUCUCACAGGUGUGUGGACUUCCUAAUAAGUGGAAUGAGAGGGCAUGCUCAAGGUGGAUCAGACCUGAUGAACGGCUCAGAUCUCACCUAUAAGUGCCAUAUUGGAGCAAGUGCCACAAGCCUCUUCUUCUGUUUGCAUUCGAGAGGGAGAGUUUAGUAGCGACAUGGACCUUGUGUUUACUCUAAAUUGUUGUAACAAUGGACAGUUUGGUUUGAUAGUUUCUUACUCUAUUUAACUAUUUAUGAGAUGAUUACAUGCAA